AUGGCUCUGGAUUUUCCUUGGGUUUAUCCUGUUCGGGUUGUUCAAGUGGUCUUUGCGAUCAUCAUUCUUGGUUUGACCGCAUACAUUGUCAGCGUGUACAAUAAUAACACCGUCAAUUUCAUGCUUUUCAAUAGCAUCUGGACGGCAUUCUUCGCAACUCCGUACCUCGCCCUUGCGCCUGUGCACUUCCCCCAGAUCGCACAUCGCUUCGUUAUACCAGCCGUAGAAGCGAUUACCUUGAUUUUCUGGUUUGCAGGCUUUAUUGCCUUGGGUGUUCUGCUUCCUGCUCCUAGGUUCUGUCACUGGAGCGCCUGCAACUGCGCUCAGGCAGCCACGGUAUUUGGAGCAUUCGAGUGGGCUUUGUUUACGGCCACGACAGUAGUGGCUGUUCUCGGUGCUUUGCGUACCAGGUCAAGCACUGGUACGAAGCCUGCCCCUCAAACUACUGCUCACGUUGGCGUCUAA